CAUAUUGUCCUGAGAGGAGACGUGGUGCUCGAGACACUGACACCGGGAGUGAGAGAGGCACUGACACCGGGAGUGAGAGAGGCACUGACACCGGGAGUGAGAGAGGCACUGACACCGGGAGUGAGAGAGGCACUGACACCGGGAGUGAGAGAGGCACUGACACCGGGAGUGGGAGAGGCACUGACACCGGGAGUGGGAGAGGCACUGACACCGGGAGUGGGAGAGGCACUGACACCGGGAGUGAGAGAGGCACUGACACCGGGAGUGAGAGAGGCACUGACACCGGGAGUGGGAGAGGCACUGACACCGGGAGUGGGAGAGGCACUGACACCGGGAGUGAGAGAGGCACUGACACCGGGAGUGAGAGGCACUGACACCGGGAGUGAGAGAGGCACUGACACCGGGAGUGAGAGAGAGAGAGAGAGAGGCAGUGCCGGGGCCGCGCGGGCCAUGGCGCUGAGCCUCGAGCCCGGAGGUCUGGCGGCGGCGGCGGCGGCGGUGAGAUGGAGUCGGGAGGACGAGGACUGGGAAUCCCUCCUCUUUGAAGAGUUGAUUGGUUCUGACGAUGAUCGACAAGCUUUGAAAAGCAGCCUUUAUGAUGUUGACAUGGAUAAUAUUGAGUUGAAUUUGGAUUUUAUGCCCUGGGACUUUGAUACAUGGAAUCAAACCAGCAGCCUGUGUCCAGACGAACAGUUAAUGUCAGAGCCUUCAUCCCCAGCUUCCUUAGGCUGUCUCGUGCCUUCCCCUUCUUUGGAUCCAACUCUGACAUCACAUGAAGAGGUGAGCUUAUCCCCUACAACAUUUCAAGCAUCUCCUGCCUCUCUGUACAGUGAGAGCAGUGAUUAUUCAGUGCCUGUGCCCCAGCUAAAAGUAGAGAACGUGCCUCAAUUGAAACAGAAAGAGAGAAUGUCAGCGGGUAUCCCAUCAAAUGGACCAAAGCAGAGGCCUGUUCACAUGUCAAAACCUAUCCAGCCAAAGCCAAUACUGAUUCCUACUAUAUCUGUAUCACAGUCCACGAAAACAAUUUUAUUACAACCAGUUCAGACUGUGGUGCCUGGUCCUAAACCACCAAUAAGAAUUUAUCCAGCUCCUACAGGUCAGCAAGUCGUUCUUCCGCAGCUUCCAGUCGUACAACUUCAACCCAGAGGUAUCCUUAAUUCCCAACCAGCUAUAAAUAUCAUUGGUGGACCCAAGCACGUCAGCCCUGUCCCAGCGGGAGUGCGAACAGCCGCUAACAGUGAAAUGAAUGGCAGUGUUGCAGUUACAAAUCUGGUUAUCCCAACAUCUGCACACACUGGAGUGGCCAAUGGAAAAGGAGAUGCAAAUGCACUAAAGCGACAGGAAAGAAUGAUUAAAAAUCGGGAAUCGGCUUGCGUAUCUCGGAGGAGGAAGAAGGAGUACUUGGUGAAAUUGGAAAACAGACUGAGAUCAGCAUUGGCUGAAAAUGUAAAACUUAAAGAUGAAAAUGGCUUGCUUCAAAAGCAGCUUCAGCAACUGAUUUCUGAGAAUGAUCAGCUAAAAGUUACUACUCCAAAACGAAGGGUUGUGUGUGUUAUGGCACUACUGGCAUUUAUGGUGAUCAGCUAUGGUCCUGCAAACAUAUGGGACCAAGAUUUCAGUUCAUUGAAGUCCACUGGUAGCACGAGCUCCCACAGCAGACAUCUAUUGGGAUUCUCUGAAGAAAAUGAGGCUGCAAGUUUUCAGGAAACAGCUGAGAAAUCCAUUGAAGAGAACAACUACAGGAAUGGAAUUUCAUUUUCAGACAAGAAAGAUCUCAUGGUGGUAAGAAAGGAACCUCUUCUGUUCGUCCAAAGAGCGUGUCAGCCACAGGUCAAUGGGACUGAAUCACUUCGACUUGCAGACGAACUCCGUGGGUGGGUCCAUCGGCACGAAGUAGUAAGAGUUAAGUCAAGGAAGGGGUCCAGGAUGUACCACAAGACUCAGACAGGAUCGAAGUUUCCCCAAAAGAAGACUGAUGUAGCCCAGUAUGUUCCAAUGCAGUACCCGGACACUGAUAAGACAACUGCAGGGAAUGAGUUACAGGUUUAUUACGCUCCAGACAGGCGCUUCUCAGAGUUCUUUGAAACCAUUCGCAGGAGAGGGGAUACGUUCUAUCUGAUAUCAUUUCGAAGGGACCAUCUCUUGCUACCAGCCAUCAGCCAUAAUAAGACCAGCAAACCAAAGAUGUCUCUUGUACUUCCAGCAAUGAACAUUGAUGAAAGUUUCAUCAGUGAGCCUAGAGACCAUGAAGUAAUGAUGCAGAUUGAUUGUGAGGUGACCGCCACCAGAAUCAUUCACAUAAAGACCUCGACUAUUCCUUCCUUUCUACGUGAUCACCAACAAAACCACACGGAUUCCGAUCAGCAUUCAGAUCCUACACCUACUCCAAUAACACCUCCCAUCAUCACAGAGUCUGUCCAAGGGACUGGGUUCAAACUUUCUCAGCAGUGAUCGACUGAACCCACACAAUUGUUUGCAACUAUGGUAUCUGUUCAGAACUUGUGAUUGGAAAAUCGUAAAUUGGAAAUUUAAAACAAUCAUAUCUUAUCAGAUUUUCCCCAAUGUUAAACCCAAGUGAGUGAAUUAAAUGGUUUUAUUUUUAA